AUCGUCGCCGUCCGAUUACCUUCGCUAGACUUCGGACUGAGAAUUCAGAUAUUUUUUUAGCAGAGAAAAAGUUCUCUCCUUUUAGCCAAGGAUUCAGAUGUUGAGAAUUCGAAUUCUCCAGCUCCUUCACUGAGACACAAAAGACUCUCUGUUUCCUCCGUGGGUUCGACCAACGUGAGACAAAGAGAAAGACACAGAGAAGAAAAUCGAAAAUAGAAAAUGGGUGAGGCUGUGCUGAGUAGUGAGGACAUGGAAGCGAAACUGAAAGCAGAGGGUGAAGCGAAGAAAGACAGGGUAGAGACAGAGAAGAAGGACGGGGGUGAGUGUGAUUCUUCAGUUGGGACAAUGAGGUGGGAUAAGCUGUUGCCUACCAUGAACAUGAGGGUCUUGUUGGUCGAAGCUGAUGACUCCACCAGGCAUAUUAUAGCUGCGCUUCUUAGGAAAUGUAGCUACAGAGUUGCUGCUGUACCUGACGGCUUAAAAGCGUGGGAGAUACUGAAGGCACGACCGCAUAACAUAGACCUCAUACUGACAGAAAUAGAUCUGCCGUCAAUAUCUGGAUUCGCUUUGCUUUCGCUAAUCAUGGACCAUGAGAUCUGCAAAAACAUUCCUGUUAUAAUGAUGUCCUCCCAAGAUUCAAUUAGCACAGUUUACAAAUGCAUGAUGCGAGGUGUUUCUGAUUAUCUCGUUAAGCCGAUUAGGAAGAAUGAGCUGACAAAUCUAUGGCAGCAUGUUUGGAGGAGGCAAUCUUUAACCAGGAAUUGCCCCCAGGAUGAGAGCGUUGGACAACAAAAAAAUGAAGCCACUUCUGAAAAUGAUGCAGCAAGCAAUCAUUCGAGUGGCUGUGGGGCUUCUGUGCAAAGAAACAAGGAGAACAUGGAGAAAGGGACUGAUUCUCAGAGCUCAUGCACGAAGCCGGACUUUGAAACUGAGAGUGCCCCGGUGGAUAUGCAGGAAUUUUCACAGCAAAUACAGGGCCAAAAUUUUCUGGGUGACUUGAGAAUGCAAAAAGAUGAAGCAAACAUCAAUUUUGGCGAGAAAUUUGUUAUGCACAAAAAUGCAGCUAGAGGGCCAACUGUUGAUGCCUAUGAGGACAUGGACACAGCAAUUUCACUAGGCGAGGGUGUCAGUCCAGAAAGUCAUAGGAGGGAUGCUAAUAUGGCUAGUGAAGCUUGUGACAAUAACGAUCUCCUUGUCAACUCUUCUAAAGAUGCCACUGACUUUUUUGGAGUAUUUAAUAAUUAUCCAAACAGAAACCAGAGAAAUUCUGCUUCAAGUAAUAGACCUAGAACUUUUGAUUCUGCUCCACACUUGGAUCUCUCCUUGAGAAGAUCCGAUUCCAGUGGCUUUGAGAAUCAAACUACUGAGAAAAGGCAUACUCUUGGCCAUUCUAAUGCCUCAGCCUUUUCAAGAUACAUCAACAGGCCAAUGCAGCCCCAGAGUACAACAUUGGCUGGUGUUUGUGAUGAACAAAAGGCACAUGAAACUAAAUUUGAAAAGCAAGCAUCCAAUACAAAUGCUGAUUGCGAUACUCCUGGUACAGCUUCAAGUAUUCCCAGGAGUAUUAUCACUCUAGCUACAGGACAAUCUAACCAAUCCGAAAUUGGAACAUCAUGCCAUGAGCAGAGACUAUUUCCUCUUCCAAUUCCUGUGAAAGGUAUAAGGUAUAAUAAUCUAGGCAAUGGGUAUGGUACUAAUGCAUUUUAUCCGGCAAAUCUUCAAAAAGAUAAAUCAGAGCAAGUAUACGGCACAUUGUAUCAACAUGCCAAAGCUCCCUUGGACCAAACUUUGCACAAUCAGGAUCAAAGAUUUGAUGAGGACCGAGGGCAUGUUUCUUCAACAACAGAUCAGAGUGCAAGCGGUAGUUUCUGUAAUGGUACUGCAGGUCAUCUUAAUACCAUGGGUUAUGGAAGUGCUUGUGGAAGUAAUAGCAAUGUUGAUCAGGGAGCUAUAUUUAGGACUGCCCCAGAGAGCAAGAAUGAAGACACUUUCUUUACUCACAGUGGAAAUUCUCAUCGGUCCAUCCAAAGAGAAGCAGCUCUAAACAAGUUCCGCUUGAAGCGGAAAGAUAGAUGCUAUGACAAGAAGGUUCGUUACGAGAGCAGAAAGAAACUUGCAGAGCAGCGUCCCAGAAUAAAAGGGCAGUUUGUUCGUCAAGUGAAUACUGAUCCCUUACCUGCAGAAGCAGAUGUCAAUGCAUAUGAUAGUUAACUACAUAGUUUCUUGUACUUGAAGUUAAUUAAGAUAGCAGGAUGAGUAGUAUAGCUCCAGUACACCAUUUUCAGUUUUUGAAUCUGAUUCCAAGAAGCAAAGAUGAAGAGAAAAAUACAGGCCUGAAGAUGCUUCUGACAUCACUUCCAUAUUCAUCUUGUUUGUGGAUAUCCGUUAUUAACUCAUAUUAUCACCGUAUCCCUUGUAAAAUAGGGUUGUAAAUAUUUUUUGUUUCCUUUAAAAUUUCCUUAGGGCUGCUUUAGUCAUUCAUAGGUUUGUUCAUUCAGAAUUUCAGAUCUUAGUUUAUAUACAGACUUCAUUUAUAUACUUGUAAUUUGAGACGGCAAGAAGGAGAAGUGUUUCAUUUAACAGAGGAAAGUGCCAAAA